AUGAGGGGACUCCUGCCGUUUUACCGGGGCCUGUGCACCCUGAGUAACCGUCAAGCCAGACGAAAAGCUGGGAUUGUCGGUUCUCGGUGCGGGGUUUGCGGAACUCAGUCUAAUAGCAAGCCACAGCCAAACUUUGGGCUGUUGUUUGACAUUGAUGGUGUGCUUGUCCGGGGCAAGAUGCCAAUCCCUGCUGCAAAGAAGGCGUUCGAGAAGUUGGUCGACUCUCAGGGACAUUUUGUGUUGCCAGUUGUGUUUGUCACAAAUGCAGGGAAUUGCCUCCGACAAACAAAAGCAGACCAGCUCGCUCACAUCCUGGGAGUCCCUAUUACACAAGAUCAAGUCAUCAUGUCCCACAGUCCCCUGAGGAUGUUUAAUAAGUUUCAUGACAAGUGUGUGCUGGUGUCAGGACAGGGACCAGUCCUGGAAAUUGCUACAAACGUGGGCUUUACGAAUGUUGUAAGUGUUGAUAUGCUGAGGGAAUCAUUCCCAUUGCUGGACAUGGUGGAUCACAACAGGAGACCCAAGUUGCCGUCCAAUCCUGUUGGCAACCUUCCUAAGAUUGAUGCCGUGGUUCUGUUCGGGGAGCCGAUUCGAUGGGAGACCAACCUCCAGCUGAUAAUAGACCUCUUGUUGACCAAAGGGAACCUCAGCAGUGUUCACCAAACCCAAAACAUGCCUCAUCUCCCCCUGCUGGCCUGCAACAUGGACCUCAUGUGGAUGGCUGAGGCACAUUCUCCACGGUUUGGCCAUGGGACAUUUCUGGUUUGCCUAGAGAACAUCUAUAAGAAGAUAACAGGUAAAGAUCUGAAGUAUGAGGCGCUCAUGGGAAAACCGAGUGAGCUGACCUACCAUUUUGCAGAGUACCUCAUCAGAACCCAGGCCAUGCAGAUGCAAUGGAAACUUCCUGUCACUGCCCUUUAUGCUAUAGGGGAUAACAUUAUGACUGACAUCUAUGGCGCCAAUCUAUACAACCGCUACCUGGAGGAGAGAGUUACUCGAAAGAACCCCAAAGCUGUUGCUAAGAUGGUCUCCGCCACAGGGUCCAGCACUGCAGUGCCCCAGGAGGAGGAGAGGGACAAUCUGUGGGAGAGCGAGCUAGCGCUGCCCUCUGCCACUUCCUGUAAGUCUAUCCUAGUAUGCACAGGGGUGUACAACCCCAACGCAGAAGUGCCGUCGGAUGCAAGUCACUGCAUCAAAGAGACUGUGUUCCAUGGCCACCGGGACUUCAGAUUUGACCCUGCGCUGGUGGAGCCAGACCACAUUGUGCAGGAUGUGGCAGAAGCUGUAGACCUCAUCUUUGAGCUGGAGAGGUUUGUGCCUCAGUAG